AUGACUGGUGAAGAAGAUAAAAAACCUCAUUUUGAUGCUUCUGGAGCAUCAACAACUGAUGAUAAAACAGCAACUGCCAUAUUAAGAAGAAAAAAGAAAGAUAAUGCAUUAGUUGUUGAUGAUGCAACUAAUGAUGAUAAUUCAGUUAUUACAAUGUCUUCAAAUACAAUGGAAUUAUUACAAUUAUUUCGUGGUGAUACUGUAUUAGUUAAAGGUAAAAAAAGAAAAGAUACUGUAUUAAUUGUAUUAGCUGAUGAUGAUAUGGAAGAUGGUGUUGCAAGAGUCAAUCGUUGUGUAAGAAAUAAUUUAAGAGUUAGAUUAGGAGAUAUUAUUACUGUACAUCCAUGUCCUGAUAUUAAAUAUGCAAAUAGAAUUUCAGUAUUACCAAUUGCAGAUACUGUUGAAGGUAUUACUGGAUCAUUAUUUGAUUUAUAUUUGAAACCAUAUUUUGUUGAAGCUUAUAGACCAGUUAGAAAAGGUGAUUAUUUUACAGUUAGAGGAGGUAUGAGACAAGUUGAAUUUAAAGUUGUUGAAGUAGAUCCAGAAGAAAUUGCUAUAGUUGCUCAAGAUACUAUUAUACAUUGUGAAGGUGAACCAAUUAAUCGUGAAGAUGAAGAAAAUAAUAUGAAUGAAGUUGGUUAUGAUGAUAUUGGUGGUUGUAAAAAACAAAUGGCUCAAAUUAGAGAAUUAGUUGAAUUACCAUUAAGACAUCCACAAUUAUUUAAAUCUAUUGGUAUUAAACCUCCAAAAGGUAUAUUGAUGUAUGGUCCACCAGGUACAGGUAAAACUAUAAUGGCAAGAGCAGUUGCAAAUGAAACUGGUGCUUUCUUUUUUUUAAUAAAUGGUCCAGAAAUUAUGUCUAAAAUGGCAGGUGAAUCAGAAUCAAAUUUAAGAAAAGCUUUUGAAGAAGCUGAAAAAAAUUCUCCUUCAAUUAUUUUCAUUGAUGAAAUUGAUUCAAUAGCUCCAAAAAGAGAUAAAACUAAUGGUGAAGUUGAAAGAAGAGUUGUUUCACAAUUAUUAACAUUAAUGGAUGGUAUGAAAGCAAGAGCUAAUGUUGUAGUUAUUGCAGCAACUAAUAGACCAAAUUCAAUUGAUCCAGCUUUAAGAAGAUUUGGUAGAUUUGAUAGAGAAGUUGAUAUUGGUGUACCGGAUGCUGAAGGUCGUUUAGAAAUCUUGAGAAUUCAUACCAAAAAUAUGAAAUUAGCAGAUGAUGUUGAUUUAGAAGCUAUUGCUUCAGAAACUCAUGGUUUUGUUGGUGCUGAUGUUGCUUCAUUAUGUUCAGAAGCUGCUAUGCAACAAAUUCGUGAAAAAAUGGAUCUUAUUGAUUUAGAAGAAGAAACUAUUGAUACUGAAGUAUUGAAUUCUUUAGGAGUUACUCAAGAAAAUUUUAGAUUUGCACUUGGUAAUUCUAAUCCAUCAGCAUUACGUGAAACUGUUGUUGAGAAUGUUAAUGUUACUUGGGAUGAUAUUGGUGGAUUAGAUAACAUUAAGAAUGAAUUAAAAGAAACUGUUGAAUAUCCAGUUUUACAUCCAGAUCAAUAUCAAAAAUUCGGUUUGGCUCCAACAAAAGGUGUUUUAUUUUUUGGACCACCAGGUACUGGUAAAACAUUAUUAGCUAAAGCUGUUGCAACAGAAGUUAGUGCAAAUUUCAUUAGUGUGAAAGGUCCUGAAUUAUUAAGUAUGUGGUAUGGUGAAUCAGAAUCAAAUAUUCGUGAUAUUUUUGAUAAAGCAAGAGCAGCAGCUCCAACUGUUGUAUUUUUAGAUGAAUUAGAUUCAAUUGCAAAAGCAAGAGGUGGUUCACAUGGUGAUGCAGGUGGUGCAUCAGAUAGAGUCGUCAAUCAAUUAUUAACUGAAAUGGAUGGUAUGAAUGCUAAAAAGAAUGUUUUUGUUAUUGGUGCAACAAAUAGACCUGAUCAAAUUGAUCCUGCAUUAUUAAGACCAGGUAGAUUAGAUCAAUUAAUUUAUGUUCCAUUACCAGAUGAAGCUGCAAGAUUAUCUAUUUUACAAGCUCAAUUAAGAAAUACUCCAUUAGAACCAGGUUUAGAUUUAAAAGAGAUUGCCAAAAUCACUCAUGGAUUUUCUGGUGCAGAUUUAUCAUAUAUUGUUCAAAGAUCAGCAAAAUUUGCCAUUAAAGAUUCAAUUGAAGCACAAGUUAAAUUAAAUAAAUUAAAAGAAGAAAAAACAACUGAAGUUAAAACAGAAGAUGUUGAUAUGAAAGAAGUUGAAGUUGAAGAAGAAGAAGAUCCAGUUCCAUAUAUUACAAGAUCUCAUUUUGAAGAAGCUAUGAAAACCGCCAAGAGAUCAGUUUCUGAUGCUGAAUUACGUCGUUAUGAAGCUUAUGCACAACAAUUACAAGCUUCAAGAGGUCAAUUUACAAAUUUUAGAUUUAAUGAAAAUGGUGCUGCACCAACUGCUGAUGGAAGUAGUAAUACUGGAGGUGCAUCAUUUGGAGUUGAAGAAGAAGACGAUUUAUACAGUUGA